AUCAGGAAGAAAUGUAAAUGUUCAAACUUAGAUACACAGCACAUGGAUUUGUCUGAUGAGGCUGGUGCAAUAAAGAACUUGAGGAAUAACCUGAACGACUACGGUUCUGAAUACUUCGCUGACCGUGAAACUCUGAUUCUUAUCAAAGUAGAAGUAUCUCCCACAGGUGAAAGUUGGACGUAUGUUCCUAUGUUGACAGAGUUGCAAACCGACCAGGAUUUCCUAGCGAAACUGAAUCCAAAAACUACAAGUUCACAAAAACAGAAACAUAAAAGGACAAAAUCCGGAAAUGAUUCGGACGAUGGCAAAACAUUCAGACAAGGAAGGCGCACAUCCAUUAAGCCAUCCCUCGGGGAACGCCGGACAUCGUUAAGUCAAGCCUCUGGAGAUAGAAGGGGGUCGUUGUUACGGCGAAAUAGCCGGGUUUCAAUGAAUGUAAAUCUGAAUGCCUCUUUGAAUUCAAAGAAAUAAAACAAGGAAACUGAAGAAAUGCUCGGAUUAAUUACAUGCAUUUUUAAAAGAUUUCACUAGGAAUGACAUACAGAGUUGACGUUAUUCUAGCAAGUCACACAGAUUUCAAAUUGAUAGAGCAACUAUAGUAUGUAAUUUUUUAAAAGCAAAGGGUCGAGUGGUGAGUGUAAAUACCACGUCUCGGAUUUGUAAAUAACAUACAUGACUACAGUUUCGACAUAAUAAAGAGGUGCGUAUUUAGAAAAUGCUAAUUAAAUUAUUUCAUAUCUGCCUCAAAAGUGAAUAAAAUUUAUGGCACUUCAGCCAAAAAUGUGGCAUUGAAAUAAACACUGGAACUAUUUCAAAUGAGAUUGGUCAUUAAUCUAGGUUCACGGUGAGUGAUUCGAAUAGCCAAAACUAUCGCUUAAAGAAUAAGCAAUAAACGACAAGUAGCCUACUCACACCGGAAUAGCCUGACUACGGUAAAGUCAGAUACCGUUGUCACAAAUGGCGGACAUAGCCGUCGCUUCAACUGUUUAAUCACUUG